AUGGCACAGAAGGAAGGAGGCAUUGUGAAGAAAGGGCAUGAAGAAGGCAUGAGAAUGGCAGCAUCUCUUCUAGAGGAAUUCGAGCUACCUCUGGGGCUUCUGCCUCUGGGCAAUGUGCUGGAAGUGGGGUUCGUGAGAAGCACCGGGUACAUGUGGAUAAUUCAGGAGAAGAAGGUGGAGCAUGAGUUCAAGAUGAUCAGUAAGCUAGUCAGUUAUGACACUGAGAUAGAUGGUUAUAUUGAGAAGAAGAAGAUCAAGAAGCUUAAGGGUGUGAAGGCUAAGGAGCUGAUGCUAUGGCCCCCAGUGAGCCAGAUCAAGGUGGAUGACCCCCCAACUGGGAAAAUUCACUUCAAGAGCCUUGCAGGGAUUGUAAAAACCUUCCCAGUUGAGGCUUUUGCUGCUGGCCAGUAG